AUGCUAUCAAAGGAUACAGAAGAGGAAUGCCUUGUCCAGGACGCCGGCGGAGACGCCGCUGACCACCAACAGGCGCAAUCCACAAACGACAAAUUCUUCAGGUAUUUCCAGGAGGAAGUGACUAAGGUAGAAGAAAGAAUUACCAAGCUUCACACCACGCCUGCAGCAGGGGGUGAACAAGCCAGUGCUGCUGAUUAUUGUUUGGCGGACAUUUCACGGUUGUCAGAUGAAGUCAAAGAUGCAUCCACUUAUAUACCCAGUUACGAUCAGCGGGCAUACGCCUCGGCUAUAAAGGCGCUUCAGGAGAAAUUCGCUGAUGCAAAGGAGGCAAUUGCUCCGCGCAAACGAUUCGCGUUCAAGCGGUCUCGCCAACCCACUCCUGUCCAGAACACAACUGACGAAGUGAUGCAAGAUACCCCCGAAACGCCUCAAACAACGGCUCUGAACCCAAGUCCGGAACCAACUACACGCGUUGCCUUGGUCAGUCACGAAAAGGUUACUGACAAUAUGGAACCUAAACCAUUGACGGCAGUGGACGAAGGAAAGAAAGAAACACAACAGGGGGAGCAAACAGUAAAGGAACAGGAGCAGCAGCAGGAGGAGAAAGAGCAGCUCCAACCACAACGAUCUGAAUCACAACUGCCAGCUGCACAAGUGAUAUCAUUCAGCGAUAUCGAAAACUCACAUGCCACCUUACCUGGCUCGGCCCCUCUGCGGAACGCAUCCCUCUCGGUAAGCAGUGUCCAGAAAUCUGUCAUCGAUAUGUCGUCGAUCCCCGAGCUGGGCCGAUCGUUUUCCACCUGUAUAUUCCGCGACUCUUGUGAUAGUCUAGCAAUAUUUGGCAAGGUCGACGGGCCAGCGUUCAUUAGCGACGUUAUUGACUCGGUGGUGGUGGUCACAUGCCAUCAAUUCCGAAUGCACGAUUGCAAUAACGUAGUUGUUUACUUGAGCUGUACCACAAACCCGAUUAUAGAGGGAUGUGUGGAUAUCAAGUUUAGUCCGCUCCCAGAAGCGUUCUCUGCCCAGAACGGAAAGCAAGCGGAUAAAUGGUCUCUUGUAGAAGAUUUCAAUUGGUUGAAGCCCGAGCCUAGUCCGAACUGGAGCGUGUUGGAGGAUGAGGAUACGGUUGAGGACCAUGUGUGGGGCCGUAUACUGGGGGAUAAGCGCGGAAUGAAGCUGACAGAGAUCCUGGAGAAGACGGGCGUGACUAGUCUUGCUAAUUAG